UAACUUCCUUCCUUUACAAAGAAAACCUUAAUGGUGGCGAGAAAGCUUCCAUUAGAUCUGGAAGAAGAGAUACUCAUUCGUGUUCCACCUCGAUCUCUCGUUCGCUUCAGAUCCGUUUGCAAAGAAUGGAACACUCUUUUCCACAAUAAGAGAUUCGCCGACAAAAACUUUGCUUGUGGUCGCCCAGAAUUCAUGUUAAAGACACAUUCCCAUAUUUAUUCGAUAAGCGUCAAUCUCAAUGACAAUCCAACUGUAAAAGUGCGUGAUUUAUGCUUUGAUUUAUGCGGUAGCCGUUAUCAUUACUAUGGGAAUUGCGAUGGUUACUUCUUCAUGUAUGACUACGACGAAGGAGGCGUGGUUUGGAACCCGUUUUUGAGACAGACUAAAAGGAUUGCCGCGGAUGAGUCUUCAUGUGGCAAAGAGAUGGGUUAUGAUGGUAGUAGACCCGAAAAGAGUUACAAGAUUAUUGGACGUUCCAGUAGUAAUUCGAUCCAUAGAGUUGCAGUCUUCGAAUUUGCAACCAAUGCAUGGGAAGUUACUCAUCGUACCAGUUUUGGCGAAGUGUUAACAUCACACGACGACUCGUCUACCGUCUCCCUGAAUGGAAAUGUGUACUGGACAGGUUAUAAAUAUCCCGAAACUGGUCAGUAUUUCAUCGAAAUGCUCGAUUUUUCGAAAGAGGUAAUAAAGAUCUUUUGUGUUUUACCGUGUAAGGGGAAAAAAUGUGCUUCCCAUCAUCGUAUGCUCUCGAUUUACAAGGGAGAUCGGUUUUCAGUGUUACAACAAUGCACAAGAACAAGCGAGAUUAAGAUUUGGGUGACAGAGAAGAAAAUUGGUAACGGGGAUGAUGGAGACAAUGUGGUGUGGAUUAAGUUCAUGACUGUCUCAAGACCUGACCUCCCCAUGUUACUUAGUCACACAAGUUACUUCGUCGAUGAUAAUAUCUAUGGGAAGAGCUUCGUUCUGUGUUGCAAUAGCAAGAAACCUAGACAAGCUUGGGUCUAUAUUGUGAGGGGAGAUAUGUGCAAAAAGAUUAAGAUAGAUGGAGUGGUAUUUAAGUUUCAAUCCUCUGUUUAUGUUCCCAGUUUGAUCUCCAUUUCUUGAGAGACUUUUACAAGUUUGAUUUCCAUUGUUGCUUUUUUGUUUAUUUAUUUGCACUUGUAGGUCUACAUUCAUUAUUAUGCAGACCAAACUGAACCAAACUUCAUGUGGUUUGUUUUGUUAUGAAUCACUUUUAUUUUCUUUUCUUGAAGUCGUUCUCAUUGGUGGAGGAAGUUGCCGACCAUUUGGCAGACGAGUGUUUGGGUCUCUUAGAGGAAGCAGAAGGUGCAUAACAAGUCUUUAAGGGUGAAAAAUAGUAUACCGAGAGCAAAAUAUCAUAUAGGUAAUGCAAAAAUAGUGUUCCAAGUUCCAACCUGUCCAAGAAUCAGUUUCAGCCAUCACACAACCUGUGGACCAUAUGCCUACUGCAGUUGUGAGCUUGGGGCACGAUAGUAUCUUGAACAAAUUUAAAAAAUAUUGGCUUCUUCUUUCACCUAACUCGACAUAAUUUACGCAUAGACUAGAAAAACUAAAUCACUAAGAGCGAUAGCAGACAGACUUUACCUACACUUUUUUAGCUGAUGUGUGUGUGGGAUUCACGUGCACAUCACAAUAGGUUAAAAUGCAUAUACAAGUUCAUUAUAAUUAUAACAACUAGGCCAUAUUUAAUCACAUGUAGGUAAGGUGAGCUUAGACAUCUGAAACAUUAUUAAAACAAGUUUGCUUUGCGAAAUUACUAGAAAAGAGGAUGCCAAAUAUUUGAACCAAAAACCAAAGAAGUAUCUAUUCCCCCAGAGUUAGUUUUAGCAUUCCUUUGAAAUUAAUAAGUGAACAGAAGCCGAGUAACACUGAGUAUUGAAAAUAAACAUUAGUGCAUAGUCUUGCUUGAUUAAACCCUUUAGGCAUGUUAUAAGAAUAUCUAUCAUGCAAGUAUUCUUGUAGCGCUUGUCUUGUAGAACUUAUAAGAAUAUCUGACCAAUCAGGUAUGUUCUAGACACUAGUGAAAUUUCAAGAAAAGGAAGAGUUCACCUGUUUUU